UAAAAAUAGACUAUAUUCAGUAUAUCCAAAGUAACUAGUAACUAACUACUUGAGUAGUUUUUUUAUCCGAUACUUUUUUACUCUUACUCAAGUAACUAUUCAGACUAUUACUUUUACUUUUACUUGAGUAAAUAUUUCUUCAAGUACUUUUACUUUUACUUGAGUACAGUUUUCGGGUACUCUAUCCACCUCUGUGUAAAUGAAACCUCCUACCAUCAGCCAAAGAUGCAAAAUACUCAUAUCUCACAGGCUAAACAGGUCUUUCCGCAUUGUCACUGCAGCAUUAACUAGCAGUAUCUAGAAUGGAAAUAUCAUUGGCAUGCUUAUCACAAAUAUUGGUGCAUUUGGCAGUGAUACAGAUGAAGUGAAGUCAUUAUCAGUGAUGGAGGGAGAAACUGUCACUCUAAACAAUGAUGUUAAAGUACAGAGAGAUGAUCUGAUACUUUGGACGUUUGAACCUCAAAACACUCGUAUAGCUCAAAUCACUAAGCAGGUCAUUAAUAUGUUUAACAGUAAUGUGAAAUUUGGAGACAGACUCCAGGUGGACAGUCAAACUGGAUCUCUGACCAUCAGAAACAUCAGAUCUGAACACACUGGACUUUAUAGAAUAGCCAUCUAUAGCACGAGGGAAACUGCAUACAAGAAUUUCAGUGUUACUGUCUAUGCUCGUCUGCCUGUUCCUGUCAUCACUAGAGACUCUUCACAGUGUUCUUCAUCAUCUGAAAGAUCAACAAACCAGAAUUGUUCACUGCUGUGUUCAGUGUUGAAUGUGGGUCAUGUGACUCUCUCCUGGUUCAAAGGAAACAGUUUAUUGUCCAGCAUCAGUGUGUCUGAUCUCAGCAUCAGUCUCUCUCUUCCUCUGGAGGUGGAAUAUCAGGAGAACAACACCUACAGCUGUGUGCUCAACAAUCCCAUCAACAACCAGACCAAACAUCUGGACACCGAUCAACUUUGUCACACAUGUCCAGAAUCGUUUCAUGUAAAUAAAGUCCUUGCUGCAUGUAUGUCUGCUGUAGCUCUGGUUGUACUCGUGAGUGUGAUGUACUUUCUCUGCAGGAAACGCAAAAGAGCGGCACAAAAAAGAAAUGGUUUUGAACCGUGUGUGAAUACAGCAGAAACAGUCCAGACAGAAGAUGAAGAGGUACAAUAUGCCGAAACAGGAUUUUUUAGACAAAAUGAACAAAUAAAGAAAGCUAACGGGACGGAGGAAGCAGUAUACUCAAGCAUUGUCAGGCCACACUGAUCAAACUUUCUCACUGCGGCAUUUAUAUGUCUGGAUUUGUCUUCUAACCAGUCAUUCUAAUACAAAAGAGGAAGACAGAAGAACUCAAUGGAAUGAAUUUGAUAUUUGACUGAUUUUCAACUGAAAUGUGAAAAUAUACCUCUAUCGGACAAAGAUACAUUUGCAUUAAUGAGCUCUAAUGCUGGAAUCUUUUCAAUGGUGCCUUUUUUGUCAUACAGUUGUCUGUACAUAUAAAAGCUUUUGUUUUCCCCUAAGGUGGUAAAUUAAAUAACAUAGAUCUAAUUCUUAUAUUUUUGGUUAAAACAUUUGGUCUGUAUUUCUACACAGCUAGAGAAGAUAGAGAACGUAUACAUACACUGUUGUUGCACAUUCCUUCAGGAAGUGAAGCAGGAAGUGAAGAGUGCACGUUUUUCAGUUCAUGAUCUGUUUUGACUCAACCAGAAAUGUUUGAUUUUUACUUCAAAAAUAUUUGUUAAAUGCAUUUAAAUGCAGGCAAUAUUACAUGUUAAAGACUGUAUGAAUUAUGCUGUAUUAAGAACUACUCAUCGAAAAUAAAGGA